AUUUCAGCAAAGUUCAACAGAAAAACAAAACGUUCUUAGCAAUAGCCAGUGGCUCCUCUCUGUCUCUCCGGAAAUUUCCAUGCUAUCGAAUUCGAACGGAAUUAGGGUUUGGAAUCUGUAAUCGGAGUGGAAAUCAAUUCAUGAAGCCAAUAAGGCUACCGGAACCCCCGAGUCCCACCAUGGGAGUACCGGAGAUCUUCGAAAACGGCGCGUACAGUGUCAUUCGCCGUGCCGUCGUCAUCGGCAACGGAUUUCCCGGUUCAGAAAACCAGAGCCUCGGCUUAGUUCGUGCUCUUGGCCUCUAUGAUAAGCACGUCUUAUUUAGAGUGACGAGACCAAGAGGAGGCAUAAAUGAGUGGUUGCAUUGGCUACCGAUUUCUCUCCACAAGUUGUUGUACUACAUCAUAAGGCGGAUAUAUAGUUAUUUGCGGUUAAUAGCGUCGCGGCGGAGGAGACUUUCACCUCUGCCGUCGGAGAAAGGUCGCAAUGUGGGCUUGUCGUCAAUUUUAGAAGCUGAUUCGAAGCGGAUUGUGAAUAUGGCACGAGAAAGUUAUGAGAAGGAUGGCCCUUUAUUGGUAGUUGCAUCUGGAAGAGAUACAAUUUCUGUUGCAAGCUCUAUAAAACGUUUAGCAUCAGAAAAAGUUUUCCUUGUUCAGAUUCAACAUCCAAGGUCAGACUUGAGUAGGUUUGACUUGGUUGUCACACCUCAUCACGAUUAUUAUCCUUUGACUCCCCAAGCACAAGAACAAGUUCCUCGAUUUCUUCAGAGGUGGAUAACUCCACGCGAACCUCCUGAUGAGCAUGUGGUUCUUACCGUGGGAGCCUUACAUCAAAUUGAUUUUGCUGCGUUACGCAGUGCAGCUAGUACAUGGCAUGACGAGUUUGCACCUUUGCCAAAGCCUUUGCUGGUGGUUAACAUUGGAGGGCCUUCAUGUCACUGUCGUUAUGGAACGGACCUAGCGAAGCAGUUAUGUACCUUUGUGACUAACGUGCUUGUGAGCUGCGGGAGUGUCAGAAUAUUUUUCUCAAAUAGGACACCUGAGAAGGUUUCAAACAUAAUAAUCAAAGAACUUGCAAAUAAUCCAAAAGUUUACAUCUGGGAUGGUGAAGAGCCAAAUCCAUAUAUGGGACAUUUAGCUUGGGGAGACGCAUUUGUUGUCACAGCAGAUUCAGUCAGUAUGAUAAGUGAGGCUUGCAGUACUGGGAAACCUGUUUAUGUGAUGGGAUCUGAACGUUGCACAUGGAAGUUGGCUGACUUCCAUAAAUCUUUGAGUGAGCGAGGAGUGGUUCGACCAUUUACAGGAUCUGAGGAUAUUUCAGAAAGCUGGAGCUACCCACCUCUAAAUGACACUGCUGAAGUUGCUCGUCGAGUUCAUGAAGUGCUUGCUGAAAGAGGAUUGAGAGUGCGGCCAUAAAACUUGUUUAUAGUUGUUAUUCUUGAAAGACGUUUUUGUUUUGAAAGGGAAGGGAAAUUCGGUUUGUUCGAUAUUACUUUUAGGAAUUCCAACUGCAAAGCAUUGAUACAUGUUAAAAUUGGUUUCUUUUACCUAUGGGAGUUUUGGGAUAUACAUGUAAAAAAUAAAGGCAAACUCAUCUAGUGCGGCUUGUAAUUUAGGAAUAGCAUCCUUUCCUCUUGUGCAGCAUUAUUUAAAGUCCUUUCAGUUUUGGCACCCAUUUUACGUUGUGAAAAUAAAUUUCCCACUGUAUUCUUUGUUUUUCUGAAAGGUGUAAAUUGAAUAGCGAUUGAUUUAUACAGAGGAAAACCCCUCUCUAAUGAGAUGAAUUUCGACCAA